AUGCUUCGUUCGUUUUUUGGGGUUCGGCUUUACAGUCCUAUUGUGAACAAGCAUGUACGGUAUUCAAAAGGAUUCCUCAAGAGCUUGAUUGAUAAAGUGAAAGAAGAAUCUAGCCGGGAUGCUGAACUUAAGGAAAAUAUCAGAAAAUUCCGUGAAGAGACUGCCAAGCUCGAACAGUCGAAAGAACUUCAGUCUGUGCGCGAAUUUUAUAGGAAGAUUGAAAAGGAGCUCCCCACAGAUGCAGUUGAAAAAAUUCGUGUCAGACUCAAUGUUUUAUCCGAUAAGCUCAAGGAAGGUGGUCAACAACUUGCAGUGAAUGAAUCCCUUAAAAAGAGCCUUGAUAAUUUAUCGAAAGCUGGUGAGCAAAUGAAGGAUGUCACAAAGUCUCUCGGUGAUAGUGAGUUUCUGAAGAUUGCCCUCAAGAGUAUCGAAGCUGUUGAGAAAGAGCUGGAAUCUGAUCGAGCAAAAGUCUAUCGGCCUCCUACUAUUCUAAAAACACGCAUGGAACUCAUUGGAAAGACGGAGGAACGAAUAAUCCAGCCGGACAGUGAAUCCUCUGGAGUGGUGCUACACAAGGACUCCAAAUGGUACGGUGCCUGGCAAGAUUUCAAAGACAACAAUCAGUAUGUUCAGAAGUUCUUCGAUUUGAAGGCGCAGUAUGAGGAAAGUGAACAUCUCUUGGUUCGAUCAAUGAGGUUUGUGACCGAUCGGCUGUCCCAACUUUUCGGUAUUCGGUAUUUGUAUGGAUUUAACUUAGCUUUCUUGGAAUGGACCUGUGCGUUGUUUUGGAUCCCUCAAACAUUGCUUCAAGCACAGCUAGAUGUGAAAGCCCACUCCUUGGUGUUUGAUUCACAGCUUAUUCUCAGACAAAGUAGCCAUCCCCAGUGCCGUCGUUGUAUUUUCUUUGUACUUCUUUUUCAGGCUAUCGUUAGAGCUGAUUUGCCAAUUUUGAAAGACUGGUGUUAUGAAGCGGUAAGCUGCAUUAGUUAUCAGUAUUACCACAUAUUUCAGCCUUAUAAUGUUCUGGCCACUCCGCUGAAACAAAUCCAAGAAUUGGGACUUGUAUCCGACUCCAGGGUGCUUGAUGUGAGCCAUGUUGAUAUCCAGAUGGGCAAGAUGAUGGAACAGGGCCCUGUAUUGGUCAUCAGUUUCCAGGCGCAGCAGAUUAACUGCAUUCGUGACAAAAACGGCGCUGUGCAUGAAGGCGAUCCGCACAAAGUCCUCAGAGUAACACACGUCUGGGCGUUAUGUCGCGACCAAACCGAAUUUCACCCAUGGGCUGCUUGGCGUCUCCUUGAUAUUGCCAUGAUGCCUACUGAGCAGUGGCUUUGAGCACGAUGUGGAAUCCACUUGGAACUGGACUCCCUGUAUAGUUACUGCUAUUUUACCACUUCGCCCAAAUUACUUUUGUACAGUAUUAGUUUACUGAUGACUGUCAUUAUUCUUAUCAGAAUGGAUAAAAUCAACCCUUGAACUUGUGUUUCGUACUUGUGGUGAGUACUGUUAGGAUUGUAUCGCUUAGUUGUUCGGGAUUUUCAAUUCAAAAUAGCAGUUUGGGUCUGUUUACCCACAUGGACCUAUGGAAAUUGUGCCUUUUUCGCUUGGAUUUAUCUUCCAGAAACGCUUCACGUAGCUUCUCUCAACCGUGUUGUAUCAAGACCUCCCGAGAUUUUGAACUAUGCUUGUACCAACCCGCUUC